AUGGUCUUACGAGACGAGGCGAGGCGGGGAGGAGAGGGGCUGGCGGGGAAGGGGAGGGGGAGCGAGGAGGCGAAGGAGGAAGGGGAGAGAGAGAAAGGGCAAGAGAAAGGCAGAGAGAAAGGGGUGGGGAGAGAGGAGGAGGCACAGGAGGGGGAAGGGGAGGCAGUGGCGGAGGCGUGGGCGGAGGGGGAAGCAGCGGCGGGGGCAGGGGGGCGGCACAAGCAGCAGGCGCGAGCGCAGCACCACCGGCGCAAUCAGCAGCAGGAGAAUCCGCAACGACUUCGAUUCUCCCCCUCCCUCCCUGCACCAAGGGAGCAGGGGAACGAGUGGUACAGCGCAGGGAAUAUCGCAGCCGCUAUCACGUGCUAUACUGAGCUACACUGCUCUUCCUCGCCUCGUUACAGCGAGGGAGAUAGCGGUACAGUGCUCUCCCGCUACAGUACUAUCCCGCUACUGUGCUCCCUCUCCCUUCCUGUACCAAGGGAGGAUGAGAAGAACGAGCAGUACAGCAGGGCGGAGAUAGCAGCCGCCGCUGUCACGUGCUACACUGAGGUCAUUCGCCUGUGUCCAUCCGAUCCGUUGCCACACACUGGACCAACCGUGCCCUGUGCCACGGGCAGCGAGUGUGUGUGUGUGGAGCCAUUCGUCUGUGUCCAUCUGUCGCCACCUUCUGGACCAACCGGGCUCUGUGCCACAGAAAGCAAGGGUGAGAACGAGGGCUGGCUGGCUGGGUGGGGAAAAGGUGGGGGAGGAGUGGGGGCCGACGGAGUGGGAUGCAUGUUGAGACGUCCCAUAACUCUUUGCCACCUUCUGGACCAACCGCGCUCUGUGCCACAGAAAGCAAGGGUGAGAACGAGGGCUGGCUGGCUGGGUGGGGAAAAGGUGGGGGAGGAGUGGGGGCCGACGGAGUGGGAUGCAUGUUGA